AUGACUUCUUCAGACUUGACCGGCCCACAAGAAAUACAAAAGCUGCCGAUCGCUCGCAGAGUCAAAGACUUCGACUCGAACAACAAAGUCAAGACCCUCGAUUACCCCGACAUCUAUCAACGUAGCUUGGAUCAAUCCGAUGCGUUUUGGGAUCAGCAAGCCAAAGAAACUCUUAGUUGGAGUAGGCCUUACACAUCGAUUUACCAGGGAGAUUUCCAGAGCGGCAACGUGUCCUGGUUUAGGGACGGUGGCCUGAACGCAUGCUACAACUGCCUGGACCGAUGGGCAGUCAAAGACCCCAACCGAACCGCCAUCAUCUGGGUCGCCGAUGAGGACGAAGACAGCGUCGAACUCACUUACAAGGAAGUCUUCGAGGAAGUCUGUCGUUUGGCCAAUGUCUUGAAAUCUUUUGGUGUCAAGAAAGGAGAUACAGUAGCCAUUUACUUGCCGAUGAUUCCAGCCGCUGCAAUAGCGUUUUUAGCAUGCGCCAGGAUUGGGGCGAUUCACUCAGUAGUCUUUGCAGGAUUUUCGGCAGAUUCCUUGCGGGACCGAGUUGUCGAUGCCCGGUCCCGGGUGGUGAUCACGUCUGACGAGGGCAAACGCGGGGGCAAGACUAUCCAGACAAAACGGAUUGUGGACGAUGCCUUGGAUGGGAUCGCUCGUGGGGAGGGUAAGCAUGUUGUAGAGAAAGUGAUCGUUUACUCCAGGACAGGCUCGCGCGUGCCGAUGAAAGAAGGUCGAGACGUUUGGUGGACCGACGCUUGUCAGCAUGCCCGGCCAUUUUGUCCCGUCGAAGUCAUGGAUAGCGAGGACCCACUCUUCAUCUUGUAUACCUCUGGAAGUACCGGCAAACCUAAGGGCUUGAUCCAUACCACUGCGGGUUAUCUUCUCGGUGCAGCCUUGACGCUCAAACACGUAUUCCAGGUUCACGAGGGUGACCGGUUCGCUUGCAUGGCUGAUGUCGGCUGGAUCACUGGACAUACGUACAUCAUCUAUGGGCCUCUCGUGAACGGGGUUGCCACGACGAUAUUUGAGUCAACGCCGAUAUACCCCACCCCGUCGCGGUACUGGCAAGCUGUUGCCAAAUACCGGUUUACCCAAUUCUACACCGCCCCGACUGCCAUCCGAUUGCUGAAGAAGCUAGGGGCCUCUUAUCUUGACGGCCACGACUUAAGCUCCUUGAGGGUCAUUGGAACAGUGGGUGAGCCAAUCAGCCCGGAUGCGUGGAAAUGGUACAACGAUCAUGUGGGGAAGAACAAAUGCGCAGUGGUGGAUACCUACUGGCAGACCGAGACGGGCUCGAUCAUCAUCACUCCACUGGCGGGGGCAACUGAGACUAAGCCAGGCUCAGCCACCCUGCCAUUCUUUGGGAUCGAGCCCGUCCUGCUAGAGCCGGCGACCGGGAAAGUCAUCGAGGGCCCAGGAAGCGGUGUCUUAGCGCUCAAGAGGCCUUGGCCCUCGAUGGCCCGAACCAUCUACGGCGACCACAAGCGGUACCUAGAGACUUACUUUAAACCAUACCCAGGUUACUACUUCACCGGUGAUGGAGCCGGACGGGACUCGGAUGGAUACUACUGGAUCAAGGGUCGGGUAGAUGAUGUUUUGAAUGUAUCCGGACAUAGACUGUCGACUGCUGAAAUUGAAGCAGCGAUAGCCCAGCAUCCAUGGAUAGCUGAAACUGCUGUGGUAGGGGCGCCUGAUGAGACGACGGGUCAAUCAAUCUAUGCUUUUGUGAUUCUCAAAGCAGAACAUCAUCAGCUUCACAGUGCUGAGCAGGAGGAACAGUUGAAGAAGGAGUUGACCUCGCUCGUCCGAAAAUCUAUCGGCCCCUUCUCGAAUCCUAAGAAAAUUGUCGUCGUCAGCGAUCUACCUAAGACUAGAUCUGGAAAGAUUUUAAGGCGCGUAUUGAGGAAGAUCGUCUCCAACGAGGUCGAUAGUUUGGGCGACUUAUCCACACUCUCUGACCCUAGCGUAGUCGACGAAAUCGUUCAUAAAAUCACAUCUUCCUCUUGA